AUGAUUUUUUUUCUUGCUUCAGCACCCCACAUAGGACACCUUUAUACAGCGCUGCUAGCAGAUGCAAUGGCCAGGUUUCACAGACUUCAUGAAAAGGAAGUUAUAUUUUCAACUGGAACUGAUGAACAUGGACUGAAGAUUCAGACUUCUGCAGAUAAACACAAUAAAACUCCAAGGUUGUAUUGUGAUGAAAUAUCUGGCAAAUUCAAGGCAUUGUUUGACAGGGCAGGUGUAUCAUACAGUCAUUUCAUAAGAACAACAGAUGAAACACACCAAAAAGCUGUUGAAAAUUUAUGGACAACACUAGUAAAGAAAGGCUUCAUCUAUAAAGGGAAGUAUGAAGGCUGGUACUCGAUAUCAGACGAGGAAUUCCUAAGUGAAGAGGAGGUCUGUGAUCAGAAAAUGGAGUCCGGGGAAAACCAGAAGGUGUCGGUCAUCAGUGGGCAUCCAGUGGUGUGGAUGUCUGAGGAAAACUACAUGUUUAGACUGACCAGCUUCAAGAAACAGCUGAUUGACUGGCUCAACACUGGAGUGAUAUACCCAGAAGAGAAGAGAUCCCAGGUAGACUUAGCUCUGAGGAAUCUAUACGAUUUGUCCGUGUCUCGGAGCAGCUCCAGGUUAUCCUGGGGAAUUCCUGUCCGGGACUCCUCUCAAACCAUUUAUGUGUGGUUGGAUGCCCUGAUGAACUACCUGACAGUAGUGGGAUACCCUGGUUCCCUGCAGAGCUGGCCACCAGACUACCAGAUAGUGGGCCAGGAUAUACUCAAGUUCCAUGCUAUUUAUUGGCCAGCUUUCUUGUUAGCUGCAGAUUUAGAGUUACCCAAACAGAUUGUUUGUCAUGCCCACUGGACU